AUGACAGCGAUCUGCUUCGUGUGCAACCUGCCGAUCAUGUCACACCAGGUGGGACUGGUGUGGCAGGGUGGCAACGGCUGGGACGACCUGGUGCGCGAACAGGUGGAGGAGUCGACACUGCGUCAGCGUCUGGGCGCCGGGCGUCGCGAUUCCGCCGCUCAGAUCACGAGCAUCUCGCCGCCGACCGAGACGCAGGAGACGUCGCCGCCGCCCGCCUCCGCUCGCCGCCGCCGCAGCUCGCUCGCUCAGCUCACCGACAUCCUACGCGAGUGGGGCGGCGGAAGCGGAGGCGCCGCCGCCAAGGCUCAGCGCGGUAACAAAGAACCGCAGCUAAUCCGUCGGGAAACAUUGGCAGACCUGGCGAGAUCGCUUCCGUGGUCGCGGUCGUCCACGACCGAGAUGUCGUCAGCGGCGAUGCGGAAGCGACGGGAGUCGUCGGCCGACUCGGGAGUCAAGUCGCUGUCAACCAAGUCGCGACGCGAGAGUCACGGCAGUGCCAUCAGCGACCUCAAGUACGACCUGGCACGACUCUGGUCGUCGCGACGCGAGUCCACCGUCGUCGUCGCCGCGUCACCCUCGGUCCGACGCGGAUCGCAGGAGUCGACUACCAUCAUCACGUCUGCGUCAAGGCGCGGUUCAGGAGAAUCGGCUAAGAGCGGUCGGCGUGACUCUCUGUCGGCUGUCACCCCGUCACCACCAAAGAUCACCACAUCCCACCACCACCACCAUCAUCACCAUCAUCACCACCGACACCACCGUCGCAGAGACUCUGCGGCCGCCGCCGACCCGCCGCGCUACUACCGCGACGAGCAACGACCAUCAACCUCCUCGACCGCCUCCGACUCAGGGCCUGCGCUGCCUCCGUCCAGCCUGCUUCCCACCCCCGGCACUCAUGUCGACUCCGCCUCUCAGGCUUUGCCGCCUCCGACAAUCAUCACCAGCUCGGUCACGCCGCCUCCGGCUUCACCGAUAGCUCCGCCGACUCCUUCCACUCCCACUGCCCCACUGUCUUCGUCCUCCACACCCCCUGUACCCCAGCCGUCGCCUCCUACCGUAGCUACUGCCACCACCGCCACCACCCCUUCCACGCACAGCAGCCGCCUCCUUCGCAUCCGCUUAUCUCUACUCGAAGAGAUUCAACAACUCAGGUAA